AUUAGGGUUUCUUUUCGUCUCAUAUAUCAUUUUGGCUGCAGGGAAGCACCGAAUCAUAAACCCUAGCUAUGGCGAGCAAACCGGCGGUAGAAUCUGUGCAAUGCUUCGGAAGGAAGAAGACGGCGGUUGCUGUCACCCACUGCAAACGCGGCUCUGGCUUGAUUAAGCUCAACGGUUGUCCGAUCGAGCUAUAUCAGCCGGAGAUCCUCCGCUUCAAGAUUUUCGAGCCAAUCCUCCUCCUCGGGAAACACCGUUUCGCCGGAGUUGACAUGAGGAUCCGUGUCAAAGGUGGUGGUAACACAUCUCAGGUGUACGCAAUCCGUCAGAGCAUCGCCAAGGCGCUGGUUGCUUACUACCAGAAGUAUGUUGAUGAGCAGUCGAAGAAGGAGAUCAAGGAUAUCUUGGUCCGAUACGAUAGGACUCUUCUCGUUGCGGAUCCGAGGCGGUGCGAGCCCAAGAAGUUCGGUGGUCGUGGUGCUCGUGCUCGUUUCCAGAAGAGUUACCGUUAAAAUCUGGUUUGGGGUUUUCUCUCAACGUUUUGGGAUUUGUGUUGUUGGAAUUGUGAGACUUUAGAUUCUCUUUUGCAUUUUUCUCUUUCUUUAAUGGUUAUUGGAUAAUGGUUACUUGCUGCUAAAGAACUCAUCGUUCAACUAUCGAAUGGUUGUUAAUUUGUCUUCAAGUUGUUUCUUUUAAUCAGUACUUUCAUCUAUUGUCCAUGUUUGAUGAAUUUGAUAAAUUGUCUGUCUUGGUCA